CAACAAGUUUUAACAAGCUGAUGCUAGAAAAUUGGUUCAGUCGGUAUUCAGUCGGUAGAACUUGUGGUACACACCCGUGCAUAUUUCCCGAGACAGUUGACGCUGGUAUCGCGUCGUGGCUGUAUCUGAUCCGAUUAUAUUGUCACUUCAUCUCUCGUGCGUGAUUGAAGCAGUGCGGUUGAAGCUUCUAUUUCUAUUCUACCGUAUUUGAGCUUUUAGCCUUGCAACAUGAGGCAUACGAUCUUCGUGACGAUCCUGUCGCUAUUGUACGUCAGAAUGAGGGCGGGAACACUGGAAACUAUAGCACAAUGGUCGUUACUAGAGUUUGCACUGCCGAACGAGCGCGGUUUUCAAUAUCAACCGGAAAAUAUAGUAAUGACCGGUAUCGAAAUAACCUGGAACAGAAUUUUCGUCAGCACACCUAGAUUACGUUCUGGUGUGCCGGCCACCCUGAGCUUCUUUCCUAGGAACGUACCAUUGGGUAGCAAUCCGAAGCUUCAAGCAUAUCCCUCGUGGGACUGGCAUGGUGCCGGAAAAGGAGAAAUCAAUUGCACUAGGUUGAUCUCGGUGUAUCGUACCAGACUGGACAAAUGUGACCGACUAUGGGUCGUUGACGCCGGCGUUAUGACAUCAAUUGAUGAUUUCAUGCCUGUCUGCCCGCCGAAGGUUGUGGUCUUCGACUUAAAAACUGAUCAAGUGAUUCGUCACGUCACUUUUCCGCGUGAGGUGUUAAGACCAGAUUCUUUGCUGACUAAUGUUGUUGUCGACGAAGUCUCGGCAAAAACCUGCGAUGACGUAUUUCUUUACAUGACUGACACUCUCGGUCCAGGAAUUCUUAUCUUCGAUGGUGCUACAGAUAGAAGUUGGCGAGUCAUUCAUUCAUCCAUGUUUCCUAAUCCAGAUCAAGCAAUGUAUACAAUUGGAAGUGACACUUUCGAGUUCUUAGAUGGUGUAGUGGGAUUAACAUUUUCACCAAAACUCGGGAUCGUCUACUAUCAACCUCUGGCAACUGAUCGUAUCUUCAGCGUGCCCACUUCGGCACUCCAAGCCGGUCCGUUACCUUUCGGCGAACAGUUACCUGUGACCUUGGUUGGUAGAAAGUCGAGUCAAGGUCUGGCACUGGCCGUGGAUCCUCGAGAUGAUACGAUCAUAUUCUCUCCCUUUACCGAGACCGCAAUCGCGUCGUGGCAACCGCAAACGAAUCAGCAGAGAAUACUCGCUUAUAGUCCAGAAAAAUUACAAUUUACUGCUGAUAUUUUAUUAGCAAAAUAUGAUAAUGGUAAUAUCUGGAUAAUGUCAUCAAGAUUCCACAAGUUCUUCCUGAGACGAAUUGAUAAUCGUCAGAUUAACAUCCGCAUCAUGAGACUCAAAGCGGAUAAUCAAGCACUGGUUCCGACUCUUUUUAAUCAGCAGAUUGAUCCAUAUUUACAAUUCUAUAAUAAUACACUAGGAUUCUAAAAAAAAAAGUAUUACAGAAGAGUUCAGAUUGAAAGAAUUAUGACAGCAGGCAAUAUUCAAGUGAAUGUUCAUGUUCAUAGAAAAUAUCAUUAGUAGAACAUAUUUUUGAGAAUGUAACAGAAAAAAAUAUUUAAAAAGAUAACACACUAUAUAUAUAUAUGUAUGUAUAUACAGUAUAUUUAUACACAAAAUUUGUAUAUUUAUUUACUAAAUUUUUCACUUUUCGUUAAAAUGUUCUGAAUUUAAGA